AUGUCUGUCUCUUCUUUUAUUGAACCUGAUGAAUCAACUGCAGAAGAGCUGCAACUCUCAUCAUCUUCUUCCAAAAGAAAGCAAACUUCUCUCAAUGGAUCCCACCUUGUCAUCUACUUAGUCAAGAACUAUCCUACAUACUUCAUCAUCAACUUUGAUAAGCUCAAUUAUUGUUCAUCUUUGGUGCCUCUAAAAUCUAUUGAGGAUGAACCUAACUACAAGUUCGUUGAAGGAAAUUUGUAUAUCAAAAAAUCAUCAAAAAUCUUCAAAGAAUAUAAUGUUGAUAUAGUCCUCCAUCUUGCCGCAGAAUCUCAUGUUGAUCUGUCCUUCUUCAACCCACUGGAUUUCUCACUCACCAAUGUCUAUGGAACUCAUGUCCUCACUCAUGUGGCAAAUGAAUACCAUGUCAAGUUAUUUGUUCACAUGAGCACUGAUGAAGUUUAUGGUGGUGACUGCUCAGAGGAAACACUAGAAGAAACAAUAUUCCAGCCAAGUAAUCCUUAUGCUGCUACAAAAGCUGCUGCUGAAUGCAUUGUUAUGUCUUAUUGGAGAUCAUAUCAGCUUCCUGUGAUUGUGGUCCGGGCUAAUAACAUCUAUGGUCCUCAUCAAUACCCAGACAAGGUCAUUCCAAAAUUUAUUUCUUUGCUUCAAAGAGACAGAUCCUGUUGUAUCCACGGCAAUGGUGCUACCAUUCGAAACUUCAUCUAUGUUGAUGAUGUUAUUAAAGGCAUUGAUAUCUUAUUGCACAAAGGCACACCUGGAGAAGUCUACAACAUUGGAAGUAAGAUUGGAAUCAGUAUUUUAGAACUGGCCAGAUAUCUUAUUCGAAAGGUAAAAAACAUUGAGGAACCAGAAGAAAUAAAUAAAUACAUAUCAUUUGGAACUGACAGAAUCUACAAUGACACACAGUAUAUCAUUGGCACGAACAAAAUUUCACAGCUUGGAUGGAAGCUGAAAAUUGACUGGGAAAAUGGAAUAAGUAAAACAAUUGAUUGGUACCAGAAGAAUUUCUCCAACUGGGAAGGGGCAGAAAGUGCUCUUUCACCUUUCCCCAAAUCUCUGUGUUAA